AUGAAAACCAUAGUCCGAGGCAACAUUUGUAUAAUCAGAUUUGGCACAUUUUUCAGUUUAAAAAACGUGUACAAGGCUGUAAAAAAGGACAUACCAACAUUUGACCCCCCAGGACAUGGCACUUUAAUAGGCUGGGCAACUCAAGGAGUGCUGCUUCUGAAUACCUGCCUUACAGUGAGGCAUGGAGAUCCUAACUCCCGCAAAGGGAUUGGCUGGGAAACUUUUACAGAUGCCGUCAUAUCGCAUUUGAACGAAAACAGAGAGGGACUGGUAUUCAUGUUGUGGGGGAAUAAAGCUCAAGAGAAAUAUUCAAUUAUUGAUAAGGAGAAACAUCUAGUGUUGACCAGUUCCCAUCCUUCUCCAUUGUCAGCCUACAAGGGGUUUCUCGACUGUAAAGACUUCUCGAUGUGUAAUGAGUUCUUAAUAAGCACGGGAAAGAGUCCGAUUGUUUGGAAUUAUAUCCCACCACAAAGUGAUUUUUCUUAACUUAGUACAAAAGUUUGAUUUUCAUAACAUUUCAUGUUAAACCUUAAGCUUACUAAUAAUGAUGGAACAAAUGAAUUGCAUGUUAAAAUAGCAAUGUAUAAUCUGCAUGAAUGUGUUUAGAAAAUGUUAUCAAACUUAUUGUAAAUUAUAAUCGAUUAUGUUGGUAAGGCCUUAUAAAAAAUGAUAAAUUUUUACAGACACCUGACGUUUUUCUUACAGAAUAAGAAGAGAACAUUUUGUUUAAAUAAAAAAUAGGACGUCAA